CUCAUUGCCAUGCCUAAUUGACCAUCGUCCCUCACCUGCUUCAAGCUAAGAAAUGAGCAGCAGCUCCUUCCCACUCACUCUGUUUAUCCCGCUCCCUUCUAGAACCGGUGACAAAUAUCAGCGCCCGCCGGAAAGUUUCCGCUAUGGGAUACGAAAACCGUCUCCUAAAGUUCGCUGUAACCGUGCGGGCAACAAUUUGGGAAGCACCAAAACCGAACAGGAACAUCUCAAACUCUCUGUUCUUCGUUUCACCCUCGGAAUACCUGGAUUGGAUGAAUCUUACUUACCGAGAUAUAUAGGGUACGCAUUUGGUUCGUUGAUACUGUUGAAUCACUAUAUAGACUCGGAUUCAUCCACUAUCACCGCAGCCCAGAUGAGAACAGAAGUUCUAGGUCUUUUUCUUGCUGCCUUUUCUGUUGUAAUCCCCUACAUUGGGAGAUUUCUGAAGGGUGCUGUUCUACGCGAUGAAAGGAAUCUUCCAGAAGAUGCGGACCAAAUGUUUGUCAUCUCGCAAAAUGUUCCUGAUGCUUUGAAGGAGGAUUUGGCUUGGGGAACAUAUGCUUUGCUGCGCAAUACAAACACUAUAUCUGUGCUUAUCACAACACAAGACGCACUUUGUGUGCGUGGCUACUGGAAAACUCCACGGGAUAUGUCAAAAGCUGAUAUAUGUAAUUGGUUUGAGAAACAAAUUCUGCAGCUUGGUUAUUUAAAGUUGGAGGAUACACUAUAUUUCACCGAAGCUACAGAUUCUCCAAUUCAGGAGCUGCUUCCCAAGGGGACUCGAUCUCUUCUAGUACAGCCGCUCUCAUGUUCUCAUUCAAGUGACAAGGGCACUUCAAAGAAUGAUGGGUUCGUCCUGGUAGCUUCUGGUAACAGUUUUGCUUAUGAUAGUCAAGACAGAGGAUGGAUUAAAGCAGUUGCGAGCAAAUUUAAAAGUGUCAAAGCAUAUUCUUUUAUGAAGUGACAACAAGGGCAGAGCUGGCCCAAACAAGUGACGGCAGCACAUGGGAAAUCUAGGAUGGUGUAAUGAAAUGCAAAGUUGAUAGUGGCGCAGCGUGGUGAAGCCUUAUAAUGUUUCCAGUUGGAGAAAGGCAGAGGGGCGAACACAUAUCAAUUAUAGACAUUGUCUUGUGGUCUUGCCUAGAGGCAAAAGCAGGUCAUACCAAUUGCUGAUUGAAACCCAAAGCAGUUCCCAUAAACUAGGACCGUAAGAUCUGUCCCUUGCGGCAGUUCCAUCAUGGUGAUGAACUUCAAACAGAACUUCUGAUAUGAUGUGAUUAACGUGGCGCUGUUCUGAUCAAUGGCGGAGUCACAAUAUACCAGUUCUCAAAACUCUACAGAGUACAACACACAUGGGAAAUGUCUGAAGAAUACACGGUGUGAUUCUAAGCCAAUGGUGAUGCAUAAGAGUAAGACGUCCUAUCCUGUGUGAGUGUAUCAUGUUAUAUACUCCGUAUAACAUCCCAUCUCAGCGUUUUAUUGCCCAGUGUUGCACCACAGUAAUCGAGAUUGGAUUGUUGGAAUGAAAUGUAAGGUGGAAUACCUUGUGACCUCUCUUCGCUCUUCAUUUUUUCUCUUGUUUGGUUUACCGAGGUCUCCAAGAGUACUUCAAGAAUCAAGCAAAAGCUCAUGCCGAGGAAUUGAAGUCCUUCAAUUUACUCCAAGAAUAUGUGCAUUAGUCAAUACUCAUGUUUUAGGAUUUAGAGUUUAGAACCUCCAAAUAAUUUUGUAUCAACUCCGUCAAUAUAAGGUGUUGUUGGUGUGGACGUCAGUCGCACCCAAUAAUAUCCUGAAAGGCUCAAAGGCCAAAGCACAAGCGUUUGGAUGCACCUUGGAGCUGCCUUUUUUCCUUCUACGCAAGGAGUUAAUCUGGACUCUGGAGUAGAUGAACCAACUCCCCAUUCCCUCCUUUUCUCUACCUUAAAACUACCCUUAAUGCAAAA